GCAAAUCUGAAUUCGCUGUGUGAUUAAGGAAAGCUAAGGCAACAAAAGCAAAAGCCAAAACAAAACCAGAGAGUGUUUGAUAUUCGAUGAAAAGAUCGCGAGAAGAUGAGGUUCCAUUUCAAUUAAACUUGCCUCUAACCAAAACUCCGGAAUUUCUCAAAAAGAUUGCAGACAUCAUUAAGCAAGACUAUCCAUGUCCUAAUCAACCAAAGAUGCCUGAUUUCACGGAGAACACAAAGGCCCUAACGCCUCCUGAAACACCUAAGACUCUUGAGAAACCAAAGGCUAUGAACUUCCCAAUCUCCAAGAUCACCAUUGGUGAAUGGACGAGCGUGAUGAUCUUCCCGGAUGAUCUUAAGGCCAAGUUCUAUUUUGCAAAGAAGAAACUUAUGUGGGAGGUUCUCGACAGUGUAGAAACAGAAACACAUGUGGCGAAGCUGAAGAGAAAGAUCGAGAUCCUAUGGACUGAUGUCUUGUCUUUUAGAGCAACUUUUCAUUCACAUGAUGAAACCGGAACGCUCGAAGUCGAGUUGGGGAAACGUCCAACGUUCUUCAUGGAGACGAAUCCACAAGCAGGAAAGCACACUCAAUGGAAACAGAUGGAUCAAGAUUUCACCCAAGACCAGUCUGCUUCUAGAUGCAGGAGACAUACACUUCAUUUUGCUCCUGGAGUUCUGCAAAAGAACUUGGAGAAGCUUGUGUCUGGCGAUAGCUUCUGGUCAAACCUCGCCAAAGUCACUUUCCCAACUCUACCACAAUCGAUUUACUUCGAUAUUGGCUAUGGGAACAGCAACAACAAUAAUAGCAACAGUUCGUCUCCCUACGGCCACGGCCAGACACUUAGCUUCAACGCAAACAAUGGCCUUCUUCAUCACCAUCCUCAAGGAUUUGGUCAUGUGCAACUGGGGGAAGUAAAUUUUGACAUGGCAACUCAGUUCUGCGCUAAUAACGGGAGGCACAUGAACUCAUUUGUUCAAGACAAUCGCCAGAACAAAGCUAUGAAUCAGUUACCUGAGACGCAAGUUAUCCAAUCAUCCUCUCAGCUGAUCAGCACAGGAAGGUACUUUGGCGGGUCACAGUUUAAUAAUCCAAUGAUCCAAGAAGAGCGCCAAAUGAGAAACACAGGUGAGUUGCGUGGAAGUCAAGCAUAUGCACAACCAGUACCCGAGAGACCAACUAACUCGAUGAUAUAUCCGACUGGACCGUAUCCUGAAGGCGUCUUAGCUCAAGCAGGAGAGACAACGAACACUGGGGAGUUGCGUGGAAGUCAAGCAUAUGCACAACCAUUACCCGAGAGACCAAUUAACUCGAUGAUAUAUCCGACUGGACCGUAUCCUGAAGGCGUCCUAGCUCAAGCAGGAGAGACAACGAACACAGGGGAGUUGCGUGGAAGUCAAGCAUAUUCACAACCAUCACUCGAGACAACAAGCAACUCGACGAUAUAUCCGCUUGGACAGUAUAUAAAAGACCUCUUAGCUGACGCAGGUGAGACCCCGAACAUGGAACACACACAUCUGGAUCAGGAUGGUGACUUUCAGACCAGCAACAACAAUGAUUCAAUGCCUCCUGAUUUCUAGAUAUAAUUUUAUAUCUCACUUAAGUUUUAGGUUCCUGUUUCUUACAAAUUUAAACCCAAAAACUGGGGAGAUUGUUCUUUGUCGACCUUUGAUUUUAUGGUGCUUUUUCUCGGAUAAUGUAUUUUUUUUCCUUUUGUCUUACAAAAC